AUGUCCCGGGGGUUCAAAGGUCAGGUGUGUGACGUCACCGCGCGGAGCGGCCUGCCCCGUGUAAACAAACGCCCCCCUCCCCCAAGCGAGCAGUGGAUAGAGCCUGCGCGCUAGGCGGUGAACUCGCCCCGGACUUUUGUCUUUGUGCGCGGCAAGCGUCUCGCGAAGGAGCCGUCUCAUCUCACCGCAACCGCCGCCGGGGCUCGCACAGGCCCAUGUCCACCACGUCUCCAUACUUCACCGCUGGUGGCCCUGCGGGGAUGCUGACCCGCAGCGGCCGGUCGGUCUGGGCGGUGUCGGCACCGGCGCGAGGCGGCGGUGGCGGCGGAGGCGGUGGAGGAGGAGGAGGACGUGAACGCUGCGGUCGCCCCCGACGUUGCCCGCCCGUCAAAGUGGAGUACGAGAGUGCCCACGGCGAUGUCGACGAAAACCGGCGUCGUGCCGCCGCGUCAAAAGCACGUGCCGGCGAGACCCUAGUUGGCGCGACGGCUCGCAAGGAGGAGCUCAAGCAGGAGGAGGAGGAGGAGCAGGAGAAGAAGAAUGUGAAGGAAGAGGGGAAGGAGGCAUCUGGGGAGGAGGAGCGCGAGGAGGAGGGGAAGAGGAGGAAGAGGGCGGGAGGCCGGUGGGAGCCGCCCCACUGGAGGGCUCAGCUGGACAACGUGAGGCGGAUGCGGCAGCACCGCGACGCGCCCGUCGACCACAUGGGCGCCGAGGCGUGCCAGGAUGACGACGCCGCGCCCGCGGUGAGACGAUACCAGGUGCUGGUGUCGCUGAUGCUGUCGAGCCAGACCAAGGACCAGGUGACGUCCGCGGCGAUGUCGAAGCUCCGAAGCCACGGCCUCACCCCUCGGAACAUCGUCGGCACGGACGACGCCACGCUCGGCCGCCUCAUCUACCCCGUCGGCUUCUGGAAGACCAAGGUGGGCUUCAUCCGGCGCACGACAGAGCUGCUGCUGGCGCAGUUCGGUGGCGACAUCCCUCGCUCCGUGCCCGAGCUCGUCAAGCUGCCCGGCGUGGGCCCCAAGAUGGCCCACCUCGUCAUGAACAUCGCCUGGGACGAGGUGUCCGGCAUCGGAGUGGACACGCACGUGCACAGGAUUUCAAACCGCUUGGGCUGGGUGCGCAAGGCCACGCGCGCUCCGGAGCAGACGCGGGUUGCCCUCGAGGACUGGCUGCCCAGGGAGCUGUGGAGCGAGGUGAACUGGCUGAUGGUCGGCUUCGGGCAGCAGACGUGCCGGCCCGUGGCUCCGCACUGCGCCGAGUGCCUCAACCGUGCCGUGUGCCCCUCGGCACGGGCGCUCGUGACCAAGAAGAAGGCGGCGGCGGCGGCGGCGGCGAAGACCCGGGACCGGCACACCAAGCGCUGAGAGCCGUCACGACCACGCCAAGCCCGGAGCGUUGGGCGGUGAUGCACCAAGCCCUGAGGCCUGGCCACACCGAUCACUGAGCACCAGGCAUGAUGCACCAAGCCCUGAGGCCUGGCCACACCGAUCAGGCAUGAUGCACCAAGCCCUGAGGCCUGGCCACACCGAUCACUGAGCACCAGGCAUGAUGCACCAAGCCCUGAGGCCUGGCCACACCGAUCACUGAGCACCAGGCAUGAUGCACCAAGCCCUGAGGCCUGGCCACACCGAUCACUGAGCACCAGGCAUGACGCACCAAGCCCUGAGGCCUGGCCACACCGAUCACUGAGCACCAGGCAUGAUGCACCAAGCCCUGAUGCCUGGCCACACCGAUCACUGAGCACCAGGCAUGAUGCACCAAGCCCUGAUGCCUGGCCACACCGAUCACUGAGCACCAGGCAUGAUGCACCAAGCCCUGAGGCCUGGCCACACCGAUCACUGAGCACCAGGCAUGAUGCACCAAGCCCUGAGGCCUGGCCACACCGAUCACUGAGCACCAGGCAUGAUGCACCAAGCCCUGAGGCCUGGCCACACCGAUCACUGAGCACCAGGCAUGAUGCACCAAGCCCUGAGGCCUGGCCACACCGAUCACUGAGCACCAGGCAUGAUGCACCAAGCCCUGAGGCCUGGCCACACCGAUCACUGAGCACCAGGCAUGAUGCACCAAGCCCUGAGGCCUGGCCACACCGAUCACUGAGCACCAGGCAUGAUGCACCAAGCCCUGAGGCCUGGCCACACCGAUCACUGAGCACCAGGCAUGAUGCACCAAGCCCUGAGGCCUGGCCACACCGAUCACUGAGCACCAGGCAUGAUGCACCAAGCCCUGAGGCCUGGCCACACCGAUCACUGAGCACCAGGCAUGAUGCACCAAACCGCGAGCCUUGUUCACAACACACGCGAGUGCUCCUGCGUCAACCGAUGUGGGGGAAGUAUGGCGCGGAUGUCGCGAUGUUCCCCGGCUGUUGGGCCUCGCAGCAUUCCGUUUCCACGGUACGUGCAUGAUGAAGAGGUUUUUGUUUUAAUCGCAUCCACGCACGUACUCGUUUUGGACUUUUUUCGUAAGCAACCGCGCUAAUCGGAGGUGCGGGGGAAGGACGACAGACUUCACAGGUUGGACAGCGCGUGAAUAUCUAAAAAUAUAAACGUGUCGAUAAACCCGCCACCACCCGACGCGGCCGGCGAGCAAAGGUUUGUCGCGUGCCGAUUCGUUGGUGACUUCUCAGCACCACGCCGGGGGUGUGUUGGAGAGUAAAACCUCACGGUGUUGUAGGUACGUGCCGUGUGAUGUUCACGCCGGUGAUCACAACGACCGCAACCAGCUUCGUCAGGCGAUUAGCCGGAACCGUGGAAAAGCCUCCCCGCUUCCGGUCUUUGUUAUAGAUGCUCGAUCUAACCCAGGAAUGAGUAAUAUUUAAAAAAAAAAAACUUUUUUUUUAAACGCGCUUUUAUGUAACGUACUAGUAAUGUAAGAACUCCACGACUCCAGGAAGUGGCCCCAAAGCUUGCCACAACGUAAGGGGACCGUGGUGAUUUACAGCCAGCGUCAGUUGAGCGUGGACAAUUAGACCCAAGCCGAAACAUAA